UUUCAUUAUAAAUAUGACCAAGAUGAUGUGUCUCUUUUAUUCGUAAUGUUGCUCAGAGUUGGCCUGUCUCAACAAUUCCCACAGCUCUCGGUGCUCUCAUUGCUCGGGUCUGGCCUCCGCGGCGUGGGUAAGACAACCACUUACACUUCGCACUUGAUCGCCAAGGAGAAGGCAAUCCAGUCUUGAACCACGGUCUGCAAAGGCAUGACUAACUCUCCGUACCUUACUUUAGACACCAAACACUCAACCCGCCGCCAUGACGGUCCCGACCCCCGAUGACCCCUGGAGUGUGGUGGACAAAGUCGGGCAGUCCCCUCCCGUCGACUGCACCAAGCCCUACAACACGUCGACGCUCGCAGGCAAGACCAUCCUCAUCACGGGCGGCGCCUCGGGCUUCGGCGCGGCCUUUGCCCGCCAUUGGGCCCGCCACGGCGCUCACAUCAUCAUCGGAGACGUCAACGACGCUGCCGGCGAGGCCCUGGUCGCCGAGCUGCGCUCCUCCUCCUCUUCCGCCUCCAAGCCGUCAACCGUUACCCAGCCGCAGCAGCAGCACUUCGCCUACCAGCAUUGCAACGUGACCUCGUGGGCCGAGCAAGUCUCCCUCUUCCAAACCGCCCUGGCCGGCAGCCCCACGGGGUCCAUCGACGCCGUGGUCGCCGGGGCGGGGGUGGCCGACCCGAACAGCAACUUCGACCGGCCUCGCCGCCUCGACCCAACAACAACUGCCGGCGGUGACCACCACCCCGCAGCACCGCCGGCACAACCCCCGCUGAACGUGCUGGCCGUCAACCUCACGGGGGUCAUGUACACGGCGCACCUGGCGCUAUGGUACCUGGCGCGCAACCCGCCGGGCCGCGACCGGCAUCUGCUGCUGGUCAGCUCCAUCGCGGGCGUGGCGCCGCUUCCGGGACAGGCCGAGUACACGGCGUCCAAGCACGGCGUCAUGGGCCUGUUCCGGGCGCUGCGGGGCACGGCUUACGUCACGCGCUCCCUGCGCGUCAACGUGCUGAACCCGUACUUCGUUGACACACCGAUUAUCACUAAGGGCGCCCUGGCCCUGCUGGCCGGCGCGCCCAUGGCUGAGUUGGACGAUGUGGUGGAUGCGGCCACUAGGUUGGUGGCUGACGAGGGGAUUGUCGGCAGGGCGUUGAUGAUUGGGCCCAAGAUGGACGUGGUUGAUGAGGAAGUUGAUGGGGAAGAUGUAGGGGUUAGGCUGGCGAGAAGGGGUGAACACGGCCGGCGGCAGGCUGUGUGGGAGAUUUAUGGGCAUGAUUUUGAGAGAGUGGAGACGUUUGUUUGGCGGUAUCUCAGCUUGAUGAACACGGUGAAGGCGAUCAACGGCUGGAUUGGGUUCGUAAAGGAUAUAUGGGGGAUAUAUUUUGGUGGGCGGCGAAGGUAAAGGGGGCCGGAUCGGAGUUGAUAUAGCUUUGGCUACAUUGGGCAUUCAUACCUUACAUACUACUAGAGUCAACAUGAAAUUAGUAUUGUGU